CUGCAGUGCCGCUAUGCGCGAUGCUCAGUGUGUAUCGCCGAAAGUUUCUAUCCGCAUUGUCUAUUUUGUUUCGCUGACAGUACGUCAGAAGCAGUAUUCUGUCCUGCAGUUGAAGCAUGCUCAUGUCCAUGGAAAGCUGGAUUCGGGAUUUGGGAGUCAUGUAGAAACAAAAUAAGCAAGUUAUGUAACGGUGAGUGGAUUCACUUGAACUAG